AUGGGUGCCUUCAUCAGUUGGCUGAAGACCAACCUUCCCUCCGACCCGGCCAGUGGCGAGGCCCAGAAGGGAAACACCCCCCAGUCACUAUCUGGCAUGAUCUCGACCUUGGUCCCGAUCCUUAUCGUCAGUAGCGUGUACAUCGUCAUUUUCCUACUCAUUCGGCGUUCCCAAUCGCGGUUCUAUGCGCCGAGGACCUACCUGGGGUCCAUCAGAGAAAGUGAACGGAGCCCGGAGCUCUCUGGCGGUCUCUUCAGCUGGUUCGGCACCUUCUGGAAGAUCCCCGACGCCUACGCCCUCCAACACCAGAGUCUCGAUGCCUACCUUUUCCUUCGCUACCUGCGCAUCUUGUGCACCGUCUGCUUCGUGAGCAUGUGCAUUACCUGGCCCAUUCUCUUUCCCAUCAACAUCACUGGUGGCGGCGGCCAGAAGCAGCUCGAGAUCCUCUCGUACAGCAACAUCGACAUUGGGACACAGAAGAACCGUCUUUACGCCCAUGCCCUCGUCGCCUGGCUCGUCUACGGAUUCCUCAUGUACACCAUCCUCCGGGAGUGCAUCUUCUACAUCAACGUUCGACAGGCUUACCUGCUGUCCCCCAACUACUCGAAGCGCCUCUCGUCGCGCACCGUCCUCUUCACCUCCGUUCCCGACGACUAUAACAACGAAGAGCGUAUCCGUACCCUCUUCAGCGGCAAGGCCAAGAAUGUCUGGCUCGUCAACGACACUACCGAUCUUGAGAAGCUGGUCGAAGAGCGUGAUGAGGCCGCUAUGAAGCUCGAGAAGGGCGAGGUGAAGCUGUUGAAGCUCGUCAACAAGGAGCGUGCCAAGGCUAUCAAGAAGGGCGGCCAGGACGAAAAGGCUCCUACCAGCGCCGACCAAGAGACUGGAAGCAUCGCCGCCCGCUGGAUCCCUGACAAGAAGCGCCCCUCGCACCGCCUCGGCUUUCUGGGCCUUGUUGGCAAGAAGGUCGAUACCAUCGAAUGGGGCCGCGAGGAGCUGAACAAGCUCAUCCCCAAGGUUGAGGCCGCCCAGGCUGAAGUUCUCUCUGGUAGCUCCAAGAAGGCCCCUGCCGUCUUCGUCGAGUUCCACACCCAGUCCGAUGCACAGGAUGCCUACCAGACCAUUGCCCACCACCAGGCUCUUCGCAUGUCCCCCAGGUACAUUGGCGUCCAGCCCAACGAGAUUGUCUGGUCGAGCCUUUUCAUUCCCUGGUGGCAGCUGUUCCUGCGCCGCUAUGUUGUCUACGCGUUCAUUGCUGCCAUGAUUAUCUUCUGGGCCAUCCCCGUUGGUAUUGUCGGUAUCAUUGCCCAGGUUGCCACACUUCAGAAGAUUCCUGGCCUGACUUGGAUUGCCGAUAUUCCUACCGUUAUCCUUGGUCUCAUCUCUGGUCUCUUGCCCUCGGUUGCCCUGGCUAUCCUCAUGUCUCUGGUUCCCGUCAUCAUGCGUUUGUGUGCCAAGAAGGCGGGUGCCGUCUCCCUGUCGCAGGCCGAGCUCUUCACCCAGAACGCCUACUUCGUCUUCCAGGUCGUCCAGGUCUUCUUGAUCCGAACCAUCACCGAUACCGCCUCCAGCUCCAUUACUGGUAUCAUCCAGGACCCCGGCAGUGUCUUUGACAUCCUUUCGACGAAGCUCCCCACCUCCUCUAACUUUUACAUCUCCUAUUUCAUCGUUCAGGGUCUUACCAUGGCCACAAGCGUGCUUACUCAAGUCGUGGGCUGCGUCAUCUUCCGCAUUCUGUACAAGUUCCUGGCCGGCACCCCCCGAGCCAUGUACACCAAGUGGACUACCCUCAGCAGUCUGUCGUGGGGAAGUCUGUUGCCCGUCUACACCAACAUUGCCGUCAUCAGUGUCACCUACUCCGUCAUUGCCCCCCUGAUGCUCUUCUGGUCCACUCUUGGAAUGGCUCUGUUCUACCUCGCUUUCCGAUACAACAUCCUGUUCGUUACGGAUACCGUCAUUGACACCCGCGGCCUUAUCUACCCCCGUGCUCUUAAGCAGCUCUUUGUCGGCAUCUACCUGGCUGAGAUCUGCAUGGUUGGGCUGUUCAUUGUGUCCAAGGCUGGUGGACCUGCUGCGCUGAUGGUUGUGUUCCUUAUUUUUACCGUCCUGUUCCAGAUUACCAUCUCCUCGGCUUUGGACCCUCUGCUGUACAGCCUGCCCCGAUCUCUGGAGGUCGAGGAGGAGGCUAUUCAGCGGGGCGAGCAGGCUGCGAACGGCCAGGCUCCAGGCGAGGGCGUCCAAAAGAAGGGCAACUUUGUGAUGAAGUACCUCAAGCCCUGGAUGUACGCCGACUACCAGACCCUCCGCAACCUUGUGCCACAGGACGAGUCCGCCGACCUUGCCCGCCAGUACACGGACGAAGUUGUGGCCAACGCUUACCUGCACCCAGCUAUUUCUAGCCCGGUCCCUGUGCUCUGGAUUCCUGAGGAUCCCGCUGGUGUAUCUAAGCAGGAAGUUGGCAUUACCAGUAAGGUGAUCCCCAUCACUGAUGAGGGCUGCACUCUAGAUGAGAAGAACAACAUUGAGUGGGAUACGGUUGGAGCUCGACCUCCUAUCUGGAGCGAGAAGAUUUACUACUAG